AUUAAUGUUUGAAUGUUGUAAAAUUGCGAAAUGUCCAAAAUGCUUUGACGUGUACUCGUAUUCUCAGAUUUUGGAAAUAAACGCGAUUAUUAUGUAUUUGAUAUGUUAAAUAUCUAGGGAGUAAGUGUAAACAACGGGAUACAUCAAUAUAACAAAAUGGAUUUCUUUAAAAGUGGGUUGAAGACUGUUUUAGGAGCGCCGGAACCCGGCCAACUGCCUUCUGGAGCUGAAACAGUGGAACGUCUCGUGGACCGAGUCAACAACUCAACGCUUCUUGAGGAUCGACGAGAUGCCUGCCGUGCCUUGAAAGCUAUGUCUCGAAAGUACCGGGUUGAGGUUGGUGCUCAGGGCAUUGAUACAUUGAAGCAGGUGUUAGAACUUGAUAGAGCUGAUAAUGAAACAAUAAACUAUGCCCUAGACACCCUUAAUAACAUUAUGUCACCAUCACAAUUUGAGGAAGAGGAAGAUAAUCCUCACGUUCCUAUGAAUAUUGGAGAGCAGUUCACUGAGAUGUUCAUAAAAGACCCGCACAAUAUUCAGCUGGUGCUAGAUCUCUUAGACGAGUAUGAUUUUAGAGUUCGACUGUCAGCCGUUCAAUUACUAACCUCCCUACUUACAAAUAGGACUAAGGACAUUCAGGAAAUAAUUCUAGUCAAACCUAUGGGUGUCUCCAAAAUGAUGGAUUUACUUGGAGACACUAGAGAAGUUAUUCGUAACGAAACUCUCCUUCUACUAAUAAAAUUGACUAAAGGCAAUGCGAAUAUACAAAAAAUCGUCGCUUUCGAAAACGCAUUCGAUCGGUUAUUCGAAAUAGUUUCGAGCGAAGGCUAUUCUGAUGGAGGGAUCAUUGUUGAAGAUUGUUUAUUGCUUAUGUUGAACUUAUUGAAGAAUAACAGUAGUAAUAUAAACUUUUUCAAAGAGGGCAGUUACAUACAAAAGACCUUGCCAAUGUUUAACACGCCCGAUGAUUCUGAAGACGUAGGUUGGUCACCUCAAAAAGUAUCGAACGUUCAUUGCAUGUUACAAAUAGUGAGAACGCUGGUGUCCCCCAGUAAUUCAGCACAGAUUAUAUCGAGUUGUCAGAAAAUUAUGAAAAAUGUUGGUUUGCUGGAUGCUCUGUGCAAUAUUCUGAUGGCGAGUGGGGUCCCAGCAGAUAUUCUAACGGAGACGAUAAAUACCGUCGGGGAAGUGGUGAGAGGUGAUCUAGCCAAUCAGGACUUUAUUGGCAAUGUAAUGGCGCCGUCGAAUCCGCCGCGACCCGCCAUUGUGGUUCUGCUUAUGUCGAUGGUGAAUGAAAAGCAACCAUUUGCCCUGAGGUGUGCAGUACUCUACUGCUUCCAGUGCUAUCUUUACCACAAUGAGAUGAGCCAAGCAUCCCUGGUACAGACCCUGUUACCAUCGUCCACAGACGUCUCCAGCCUCACUAGUGGUCAAUUACUCUGUGGCGGACUCUUCUCCUCCGAUGUUCUAUCUAAUUGGUUCUCUGCUGUCGCUCUAAUGCAUUCGUUAAUAGAUAAUCCUGGGCAAAAGGAGCAAUUACUUAGAGUACUGUUGGCAACUAAUGUUGGGAGCACGCCGGUGUCUCUGCUGCAUCAGUGCACUGUGCUGCUGCAGCAGACUACGAAGUUACAGUCUAAGGUAGCACUGCUGAUGCUGCUCUCCCAGUGGAUGAGCCACUGUCCGGGCGCGGUGAGCGCGUUCCUGCAGGUGCCCGGCGGAGUGGGCUACCUCGUCAACCAGACCUGCUCCAACGAGCACGACGACAACGAGUAUCUCUUACAGGGUCUUUCUGCAUUCCUGCUGGCCAUCUGCAUUCACUUCAACGACGACUCCGUGGAGAGUUACUCGCAGGAAUCCCUCAAGCAGCUGCUGACCAAGAGGAUAGGAGUGGAGACUUUCACGGCCAAACUCAGCGAGGUGUCCAAGCAUGAGCUAUACAACAAGGCAGCGAAGCACCCUCAGCUCAGAGUCAAGAUACCGGCAGAAAUAUUGAUUGAUUACGAGUUCUGUAGAUUGUUUAAGGUUUUGGAAAAUGUGUUGAUCCAGAGCGUGUCCCAGAAGCAGGAGAACGGUCCGGGAGAAGCAGUCGCGGCGGAGGACAACCUGGAGCAGUACAAGUCGCUAAUCCGGCAGCAGGACGCGCGCCUGCAGGAGCUCGUACAGCAGCUCGAGGCGCUUGUGCAGCAGAACCACCAGCUGCAGGGCGCCCUCAACGACUCGAUAGCGUCGAAUUCGCUCCUAAAAGACGAGAACACGCUGCUCAAAGCGCAAGUUUCCGCCAAGCUCCCGAACCAGUUGCCGAUCGAGCAAGCGAGCCAGUCCAGCCAGGCCACUCCGGGACAAACCCAUCAGUCCAGCCAAGCGAACCACGUUAUGCCAAACCAAGAUGUUCUGGUGGAAUAUGAGGGUAGAAUACAAGUUCUGAAUGCUGAAGUGAGCAGACUGACUGCCGCAUUGAAAAGCGCUGAAGAUGGAAAGGGAAAUGCUGAACAGGAAUUGGAGAAGAUGAGGAAAGAUCAAGAUGACUUGCUAGAACUGCUCGCUGAUCAGGAUCUAAAAAUAAACGAAUAUAAAAUGCGAUUGAUGUCAUUGGGCCAAAAAGUAGAAGAUGAAGCCGCAGACACUGAACUUAAUCUGACUUAGAACUGCCCAAAACUUGUAUUUAAUUAUAAGGUUUAUCGUUUUCGUUAGAUAAUUAUUUUAUGAUUCACUAUGUAUAAAAAAUAAUGUUUUAAUAUAUGUUGUAUUUAUUAAA